AUGGAACUUUUCACGACUACGGUUCCUUUGCAAAAUGUUUUUGCAAUCAAUGUGAUGGACGUCGUGUUCCGCUUUACACUUGUAAGACUUGUAAGGGCAAAAAUUGUAAUAUUAAAUGCCCACCUCAUACCAGAAAAUGUUCAGAAUGUGGCGAUGGCGAUAACAAUUAUUCGACUAAAC